AUGACCUCCCUCCUCCGGCAGCUCGUCGCCGGGCCCCGCGUCAAACACCAAGACACGGGGCUGGACCUGUGCUAUGUGACCAAGAAGAUAAUCGCGACGUUUGAUGUGUGCGGAAUCAGAUCAGGACCGAGCCAGACGUACCCCCAGCUCGCCUACCGCAACCCCCUCGACCGAUUAGUUUCCUUUCUUGACGCCCGCCACGGGAAGGAGUGGAUGAUUUGGGAGUUUCGGGCCGAGGGGACUGGGUACCCAGACGAGGCGGUCUACGGACGGGUGAAGCAUUACCCUUGGCCGGAUCAUCACCCGCCGCCGUUUUGUGUGGUGCCUGUGGUGAUAGGGGGGAUGAGGAUUUGGUUGAAUCCUGCUACGGAAGGGGAGGAUUUGGAGGAAGUUACAAAGAAGAGGGUGGUGGUUGUGCACUGCAAGGCUGGCAAGGGGAGGUCAGGGACGAUGGCGUGUAGUUAUCUUAUUGCGGAGGAGGGUUGGACGGUGGAGGAUGCGCUGAGACGGUUUACGGACCGGAGGAUGAAGGUUGGGUUUGGGGAGGGGGUGAGU